AUGGUUCUCUCUUUGGACUCCGAUGAGGGAUUGACCGAUGCCACCUAUGAAGACCUGGAAAACCACAUUUCGCGGGAAAUCCUCGAGAAACUCAGGUCCUUGAUGCAACAACAGCCCCCACAACAAAUAUCAUGGCCUGUCCAAAUAUUCAAUAACGGCCAAUUCAUACGACUGACCGACAAAGCCCUCGUCAUCCACGAAGACAAAGUCUACAAAAUCUCCUUCACCCCAAACUCCCCCGAUCCAAACUGGGAAGGAUAUCUAACCUACAACGAAAUAUCCCGCCUCCUCACCUGUCUCCAUUCGCUCGCCAAACCACCCACCCGCUACGCCACCGUAACCGAAGGGAUAGCAUACCAGCAGCUCUACCCCACCAGACAGCACUGCCCCACCUACGCAUCCGGCAAGUACCAAGAAGAGGCCAGCAAGCCCUCCAUGGUAUGCGGGAUAAUCCUCCCAAUCCGCUUCCUAGAAGUCGACCACCAACGACCCAAAAGCUCCGGGAAAAACGAAGCCAUUAUGAAAGUCCUGCGUGUUCUGGGCCUGACGCUCGGCCGGCCCCAUGGAGCGAAGUGCAUGCAACUCCACGACUGCGUAGCCCAAGCCCUGCGACUCCCCGAGGGCAAAGGCAUCCAGAUCUCGACUUUCCUGAAACGGUAUUUAUGGAAGGAAAAUGUGAGGGAUGCGGGUGAGCCGCUGCCGGGGGUGAUAGUACCCUUUGUGCCGGUCCUUGCGAAGGAUGAGCGGCCGAGUCCGCUAUGGGGGUCAACGACCCAAGAUCGCUAUACGCUGAGUGUGAAGGGGGAGAUCUUUUAUAGUGUUGUUCGAGCGUUGGCGCCGCCGGGGUAUCCGCUGGAGGCGGUUGCGGUUCAUUCUUUGGCGAAUUUGAGGCCGGCUUGUGGGCCGUGCAAUAAGCUGAGGGGGAAGACGAGCUUGAAGUUUCCUUAG